AUGGGUUUCUUCAACUCCAUCGCUGAUGCAUUCUCCAAGAAUGGCGCUGUCACCAAGUUCUGCGAGCAAAUUCCCGUCGUGGGCCACGUGACUGCCGGCAUCCAAGCUAUUGCUGGCAACACCGAGGAGGCCAAACGUGCGCUUGCUACGAGUACCGGCAACCUCGUCAGCACCGUUGGAGCUGUUGGCGGUUUCGUUGUUGGUGGACCGCCUGGGGCAGUUGCAGGCGGAGCACUCGGAGGUCUGGCUGGUACAUUUGUCGAAAGUGGUAUCGCAGGCUCAAUCAACAACCCUUCAGUCAAAGGGGAUCUUGGAGAUGUCACGGCGGGAAAGGUUAUCGCCAACAUGGGACUUGGUGGAGCUUCCGGUAUGCUUGGUGGCGGAGGCGGCCUGCUCAAAUCUGGUGGCACAGCAUUCGGCAAAGAGCUUAUGAAAGGAGCUGCUAAGAUCGGUGCUGGAAGUGCAAUCGGACAGGGUCUGAAGGGCUUAAAGCCAGACGCAAGCACAGGCGAUUUAGAUGAGACUGAGCCCGAGACGCGCAAGUACGUCAGCCAGAUCAACAAGACGAAGUCAGAUGCCUGUGCUGCGCAGAUGAUUGCUAUGGCUGCCAAGUAUCCGGUCACUCCAGUCAGCGGACCAUCCCUCAACGCCGGAGGAUGGUUGCGGGGAGCGAUCACGGUCGGCCAAUUUCUGGAGCUUGGUACGGCUGAGUUCACACAAGCUCUGGUCUACUUCCACGAAAGAUUCGAUGCGAACGGAGCACAAUCUCAAGGUGGCAUUGACAAGGCUGUCACCGAUUUGAUGAACAGAGGCGGCAUGAUCGUGGAGAACGGUGCGAAUGUUCAGAAGACUGCGGAUCAGAUCAGGACCUUGUUGGAAGAUGACGAAGUGACGCUGGUUAACCUAACAAGCAUUGCAGCACACUCAUUCGAAUUUGAGUUUGACGAGCAUUGA